CUGAGAGAAGAGAGAAAUGGAGGCGGCGAAACCAUUGUUGUGGACGAUUUCUCCUACACUGCAAACGAAUCUUCUACCUAAUUACCCAGGAAUUCGUUCUCAUACUCCUUACCUUAGAGGAGAUGGAAAAAUUAGAGUAGGAGGAGAUGGUAAAAAAAAAGAAAUCUGGGGUACAUCGAUUGCAGAGUUGUGGAAUGGAAAGAUUAAAGACGACGUAGAUCCAAGGUGGAGGGCUUGGGUGGAAUCCAGCCAUGAAUCGUGGAACCAAAAAAACGAGGAGCAGCAGCGGAGAGACCUACAGGUGAGAUGGUCAAUCUUGAGAAAUUAUUUACAUGAAUCUGGAUUUGAAACUCAUAAUCAUAGACUACUGUUAACUAUGAAAUCACCAGAAGAUGAUCACCAAACAAUUAUAUUCACAAGUGGUUCACCUGAUUUAGGGUUACAAAAUAUGCACAGAUUGGUAUUAGAUCGUGGUCCUUUUUAUUCCUAUGAUUUGCCUAAACAAGCUGUUAAUGGUUUGCUAUGUCUUUCCAUAUCUAACAUGGAGGAAUUUCUCAUAUAUAAUCCUAGCACCGGUGAGAAAUUACCUUGGAUUCAGACUACUGUGAAAUUGAAUCAGGGUGAAGAGAAUAGACGCGGAGUUGACUGCAUUGAACUUGGAUUUGAUCCUGUGAGCAAUCAACAUAAAGUCAUUUGCAUAUCAAGUAGCAAACUGAAAAAGUAUCCUACUGAUAAGUACGGUCUGCCUUUAUCUUCUGAUCAACAAGUAGGAGCUGAAGAUCAAAUUGUUGAAGUAUUGACUGUUGGAGAAAAUACAUGGAGAAGAAUCGAUGCAGUCCCACCCUAUAGCGUAGGAAUUGGGAGGGAGGAGUUGGCUAAACCUGUUUAUGUAAAUGGUAAUUUAUAUUGGCGAUUUCGGUAUACCAGCAAAGGUGAAGUAAUAAUGGGAUUUGAUUUUGGAACUGAAAGUUUUAGAGUCAUUCCAAUCCCUGAAUUCUACACUGGAGAGGAUCCUGAGGAUGACUACAAACCUUUCCAACCUAUUGAAUUGAUGGAAUUUCAUGGACGCAUAGCUGUAUUAGACCGUGUAUGGGGUUAUGAAAGUGCUCUAUGGGAAAUGCAUGAGGAUGCAAGCGGUAACAUUGAGUGGAAACAUGUGUACAUAUACAUACCUUAUGACUGGAAUGUAAGACGAGAUCCUUCUGUUGUAGCUCUUACCGGGACGAAUCAAAUCUUCAUACAACCUGAGUGUACAGACAGUGUUUUUUAUUACAAUCUCAACACAGAAAAGUACUUAAGGUUUCCAAUCUCGCCUGAUCGUUAUCUUUUUAGUUGGGAAAAGACAAUCCAACUGUAGUCAAGAACCUCUUAUCUGUCAGUAUAGGGUGUUGGAACUGAAUGCAGCAUGUUAUGAAUGUUCCAGGUGAUUGCAGUAUGAUAUUAUCCUUUACAUUUCAGUUUUAUAUAUCAUAAAUAGCUCCCAAGUCUAGUGUUUCCUUUCCUUUUAGCUCUAAAUGAAUAAGUUUAUAUAGAUUCAAGUCUGAAAUACUAAGUUAUAGGUUUUGUUAGACAAAGGUAUCGGAAUGGCUUAUAGAUAGAGAAGUUGUUCUGUAUGGGAGAGUGCUGCGGAGGAACUUUCUUGUGUAGUGGAGGCAUGAUUAGUGGAGGAAUAUCAUAUAGGUGUAACAUUCUUGCUAAAGCAUGAUUAAUGACUAGAAUUUGAAAGCAUGGUGAUAUUAUGGGCAGUGAUAGAUGCAACCUAUAUGGUAGGAGGAUUUUGUAAUGAACAUCAUAAGGGAAAACUAUUGCAAGUCACUAACUUAUUGGGUGCUUCUUAUGGAAAGAAGAACAUCGAAGCAAGGACCAUUUGUAAUGACAUUGUAGAAAGAUUCAAACCUUCGAAAUCAGACAAGGAAGCAGCUAAAUUGUCUUGGGAUGGAGUGUCAAACAAUGAGAAGUUGGGCUUCGGAAAAGACUUUCUACCCCUUCCAAGAAGAAAUACUAGUUUAUAGUAGUAGAUUUUCUUUUGUUUGCUGUCUUGGAGAACUGGUUGGCUUAUCCUGGUAGCACCGUAAGUGCUUUUUCUUUCUCUUAGUUCUGGCUGUUGCCUCUUUGUAGCACUGCAAGUGCAUUUUUCUUUUUCUCAAUAAAAUCUAACCUUUUUAAGUCAAAAAAAAA